CGAGUUAUCUACUGCGUUGAAAAAAAUCGAAAGUAACUAUACCCCCCCCCCCUGUCAAUUUCUAACAUGUACCAUUGCACGAGUACCUAGUCUCACUUCGUUUUCUUUCUAUUCAUUUGCAACGCUAGAUAUAGGUACUUCGAAAAUUUAUAAGAAUGAUACGAACAGUGAUCGGAAGCUACUUCGUGACGAUUAUUUUGUUUCGUGGAAUUUUCGCCAAACAUAAUGAUUAUGUAAGAAGCGAAAACGAAAGGUAUCCAGAUGAUGUCGAUCAUGCGGAAUCGGUCUUUCUUCGAAAAAAAUGGAUUUCGGAGUUAUUCUUCGAGGCGCAGGCGGAUUUUAAAAUGGAUCCUACGGAAAAUACUGAAUGUAAAAAGGAUUUUGAUUUGUUCAAGUUGCAUCUUAGAAAUCAUUCUACGUGGGCGGUCAAAAUGAUGGAAUCCUCAGAAUGGCCAUUGGCUGGAAUUUUUUCUGGAACGGUCGACUACCUGGGGAAUUAUGACCAGUGUUUGGCAAUUUCGUCGUACAGUAUCAAGGGCCGAUACUGUCUAGCCAAAGUAGCGUACAGUUAUUCGGAUACUGCACAAAGUGAAGCACUUGAAGAACUUGAUCACAGAAUUUCAGCUUGGAAUGCUUUGUCUAUAUAUGAAAAAAACCCCUGUCGAGUGAAUCGAAAAAGACUGACAUUCGCUUUGUGUGUACCAUCGUCUUGUUCGCCAACUGAUCUGAAUGUGUCUCUGAAUAACCUGCUGUAUCCGAUAUUCAAAAAUAACGGACUCGAUGUGAAGAUUGAUGUGGAUCCUAUAUUUUGCAAAACACAGGACGAUGUUGUUUAUCCAUUGGGAUUUUAUAUUGCCAAAUUUUCGUUUUUAGCGUUUUUUGCAUUUGUGAUUUGCACGACUUUAUAUGAUACUGCCACUGCUAGUGAUACUGAAGGGGACAACAAUGAUAAACAGAAACGGCAUUUCUUCAAAGAGGUAUCUAAAAUUUUCUCUCUGAGCAGAAAUUUCACAAAGUUGAAGCAAUAUAAUUCUAAAGAAAGUGCAAUACUGCAUUCUGUGAAAAUUCUGAACAUCAUAAUUACUAUCUAUGGUCAUCGACUUUUUUACACCCUCAGUUUUCCUUCAUCCAAUGCGGUUGUGAAAGAACAAUUUUAUACUGAUUCUGAUCCACUCCUAACACACAUGAACAUGUUUGUAGACUUUUUUUUCGCCGUUAGUGGUUUCUUGAUGUUUCAUUGUGAAUUUCAAUCUAUGAAGAGAGAUGGCAAGUUCUUCUUGGUUACUAGUAUCCUACUCAGAUGGAUGAGAAUGGCUCCAGCAUUUGGUGUUUUGAUGUUAUACAUCAUUUACAUACUUCCAUACACUGGAGAUGGUCCACUUUGGAAUUACGAAGUGCUGAGUGAAGUCGGCUAUUGCAAGGAGACUUGGUGGGCAGCUUUAUUUGCCAUCAACAACAUUGUUAGAACCGAUCAACUGUGCAUAAUCCCAAGUUGGUACAUAUCAGUGGAUAUUCAGUUGGCUGUAAUUGGAGGAAUAUUAUUGUACAUUUGGUCAAAAAAUACCAAAAUUGGCAUUUUCUCAGUUGGAGUGACGUUCCUCGCUUCCAUUGUGGUGACAUUUAUGAUUGCUUAUAAGAACCAGUUAUAUGGAUUGUUCAGAAUACGUUUGAAUAUGACCAGAGAUGCACGGACCAACCCGGAAUUCACUGAUUUGUACAUUGCUACAGUUACCAGAUGUGGUCCUUAUUUAAUGGGAUUUAUGACCGCUUAUGUAGUUCAAUCAUUGAAUGAAAACAAAAUCAAAUUUACCAAAAGACAAACGUAUUUAUAUUCACUUCUAGCCAUUUUCGUUAGUGAAACGUGUUCAUCUUACGGAUUCGUGUUUUAUGCGAUCGACAGACCAUAUGAUAGAUUUGAAAAUGCUUUGUAUGCGGCUUUAAAUCAUGUGAUAAUCUUAUUGCCAUAUGUUGUACUAUGUUGUUUUGCUUUCACAUCAGGUUUAGGUGUUUUAAAUAAACUUAUGGAAUGGAAAAUAUGGAUACCCGUUGGUCGUCUAACGUAUUCGGUUUACAUGAUAAACACGAUAGUUCAAUUGUACCACGUUUCUUCUCAAAAGCAGCCAUUCACUGUACCUGACAGAAUUAAUUUAGUAUGGUGGUUCCUAGGCGAUGUUGUGUGGAGCUACGUGAUGGGAUUGGGUUUACAUUUAUUUGUCGAAGCUCCGAUUAUGAAUUUGAGAAUAUUAGUUAAAAAACAAUUAACAAAAAUGUUCAUGCAGUCUAAACCAGAUAAACAUAUCGCUGAUAAUGAUUCAAAGACACUCGUGAAGCAAUAAUUUUUCAUUCACCAGUUGAGAGUCAGUAAAGUUAUAUCUACCUACUGAUUUUCUAAGAAUCACAAAACAUGUACUUUCAAAGGUUUUAUUUAAAUAACAAGACUGUCUGAUAAUAGUUGCUGACAAUGAUGUACAAAUAACUUGAAGUAAA